UGGCUUACGGUUCUAUGAGCAAGUUAGACAAAACACUUAAAAAGCUUUCUUCAAAUCAAGCAUGUCCUUCUUUCCCCCCAUCUCUUUCUUUUCGCAAUGAUUCGUACCAUCUUUUUAGCAUUAGGCGCAAUCCUAGCCGCUAUUUUCACCCUACUUCCCUCCUCACACGUCUUCGCUAGACCUUCAGAAUAUCAAUUGACCAAUGACGUAAAACAAUUGAACAAACGAUUCAUCAAUCAAACAAUUCUAGACGCAUGCAAAUCAUUACAACCUUCCAAAAAUGUUCAUUACAUUUUGAGUCCUCAAUAUUCUUCUACCCUUUUACGUUAUAUCGCUUCAACAACUCAAACACCAGUUUGUCUUUUUUUACCCGAUCAACCACAACAAAUCGCUGAUGCAAUCAAUGUUAUCGGAGCAAAACGCAUCCCUUUUGCCGUUUCAAGUGGUAGACAUGCGAGUAAUAAAGGUUUCAGUACCACUACCGGCAUUCAAAUUGAUAUGAAAGGUUUUCAAGGAAUUGUCCUUGAUUCAAGCAAGCAAUUCGUUGAUGUCGGUUCAGGUAAUAUUUGGGAUAAUGUUUAUCAAGUUUUAGAAGGUACAGGCGUGAACAUUGUUGGUGGAAGAGUGACGGGUGUUGGCGUUGGUGGAUUCAUCACAGGCGGAGGUGGUUAUAGUUGGAAGACUAACCAAUACGGUUUAACUGUUGAUACUUUGAUCAAAGCUGAUAUGGUAUUGCCAAAUGGUACUUUGGUCACUGCUAGUGCAAAUGAGAACCCAGACUUGUUUUGGGCAAUCAAAGGAGGAGGCAAUCAAUUCGGUAUCAUCUAUAACUUCCGUUUAAAAACUAAUCCACAAACAGCUCAAGUUUAUGGUGGUUUGCGUACUUACACCCAAGACCAAAUUCCUGCAAUCAUUCAAGCCGUUUCUGAAUUCUCUGAUAAAAACACAGACGCAAAAGCACAAACCAUUCCAACGUUUAACACACUCGCCGGUAUUCCUGGAAUUUCUUUACUGGGCUUUUACGAUGGUCCUGAUCCAGGUACAAGUUUGGAUUACUUUAAUGCUCCAGCAACAACUGCUAAAGCGUUCACCAAUGGAUGGAAAGCACAAAGUUUUAGUGAUCUUGUCCGUUCUGCUCCUGCAAAUGCAACAGCAUAUCAACGUGGACUGUUUCAUUCCGUUCAAUUGAAACACUACUCAUUGCCAAUGUUGCAACAAAUUGCCAAUCAAUCAGCCUUUUGGGGAAGCAGACCUUUCCGUUCUGGCACUUUUAUCUCUUAUGACGUUGAACCUUUCUUGGCCGAUUGGGCAAACGGUAUCAAUACAGAUGCAGCUUGGCCACAUGGAAACAGUCCGAUUCCAUUGAACAUCUAUUAUGCCUGGUCAAAUCCCUUAGAUGAUCAAUUUUAUCGUGAAGCAGCUUUGGAAUCUGCUCGUGUUUUGAACGAUUUAGCAAACUCAGAAGGUCAACAAGUCGAUCAAUUUGGAUUGUAUCCCAAUUAUGCAAUCGAUGGUUCUACGGCAGAACAAGUUUUCCGUCAAAACGCUCCUCGAUUGGCUCAAUUGAAGAAACAAUUUGAUCCACAAAAUGUCAUGGGUCUCACUACAUACUUUUCCUUUACUUGAACAAUAAUGUAUAUCAUACAGCAUAAUGGAAACCUAAUCACACCAAUCA